AUGUCUGUUCCUGUUGCAUUUAGCGAUAUCGGCAAGCCUGCCAACGAUAUCCUGAACAAAGAUUUCUAUCACACCACAGCAGCGAACCUCGAGGUCAAGUCGAAAGCCCCCAAUGGUGUUACCUUCAACGUCAAGGGCAAAUCUGCGCACGAAGGACCGAUCUCGGGCUCGGUGAGCACCAUUCUACCCCGGAUGGGCCCGUUCACUGUUGGAGCAAGACGUACUAAGUACUAUGAUCAGCUUGAAGGAAAAUAUCAAGACAAGGCUACUGGCCUCACUCUCACCCAAUCAUGGACAACCUCCAACUCCCUCGACACCAAAGUCGAACUCGAAGAUCAACUCGCCAAGGGUCUCAAAGCCGAAGUCCUUUCCAACUACCUCCCAGCCAAACAAGCGUACGGCGGAAAGGUGAACCUCUACUACAAGCAGCCCAACCUCCACUUCCGCACCUUCUUCGAUCUCUUUAAAGGUCCCACCGCCAACAUUGACGCCGUUCUCGGCCAUGAAGGAUUUCUCGUGGGUGCCGAGGCGGGCUACGACGUGCAAAAAGCAGCCGUGACCAAGUACUCUGCCGCAAUUGGAUACAGUCUGAGACAAUACGCUGCCACUAUCCAGGCCACCAACAAUCUCAGCGUCUUCUCGGCGAGCUACUACCACGCAGUCAACAGCGAGGUAGAAGCCGGUGCCAAGGCAACUUGGGAUUCCAAGGCUGGUAACAAUGUCGGCCUUGAAAUUGCUAGCAAGUACAAGCUUGAUCCCAGCUCUUUCGCGAAGGCCAAGAUCAACGAUCGCGGUAUCGCAGCACUCGCAUACAACGUCAAACUCAGCACCGGCGUCACUCUAGGUCUCGGCGCUUCGUUUGAUACCCAGAACCUCAGCCAGGCGGCUCACAAGGUCGGCGCGUCUUUCACUUUUGAGGGGUAG